ACUGGAGUUGGCAACAAUGACUGCGAUCCGUAUACGUGGUACAUGUUUUGUGUAAUGUAGAAUAUAGCUGCAAGGAUAUUAACGUACACGUUACAGGCUAAAUUCAGAAUAUUUCAGGCUACGGGGCGUUGAGAAGCCGAUAUUCAGUAUGGUACUCAUCGCUGCUGCAGUUUGCACCAAGGCAGGCAAGACCAUCGUGUCCCGCCAGUUCGUCGAAAUGACCAAGGCGAGGAUAGAGGGUCUACUUGCUGCCUUCCCAAAAUUGAUGAGCACCGGCAAACAGCACACGUUUGUCGAAACUGAAUCAGUGCGAUACGUUUAUCAGCCAUUGGAGAAACUUUAUAUGCUUCUCAUCACUACUAAAGCGAGCAAUAUUUUGGAGGAUUUGGAAACCCUCAGACUUUUUGCGAGAGUGAUUCCAGAGUAUUGCAAAUCGAUGGAAGAAGUUGAGAUAGCUGAGAAUGCUUUCAAUCUCAUAUUUGCCUUUGAUGAAAUCGUAGCCCUAGGAUACAGGGAAAGCGUCAACUUGGCGCAGAUCAGAACUUUCGUUGAGAUGGACUCGCAUGAAGAAAAAGUCUAUCAGGCGGUUAGGCUGACUCAGGAACGAGAAGCCAAGAACAAAAUGAGAGAGAAGGCAAAGGAACUUCAGAGGCAGAGAAUGGAGGCCAACAAGAAAGGGGGCGUCAAGGGUCCUGGUUUUGGCGGUGGCUAUGGAUUCACAUCCAGUCCAUCGGUCGGUGAUUCUGCAAAUUUCGUUCCAGAGCCUGUGAAACCUGCUUAUACUGCACCACAGUAUGUAUACCUUCAAUUAGCGAAUUCAAAUCUGCAAUUCUUAUUUUUCUCAACAAUUCAACCCAUUUGCAGAAAGCCAACAUCUGCUGGUCCCCGUGCCAUGAAGCUCUCUGGGAAAUCGCGUGACGUUGACUCUUUUGUAGAUCAGUUGAAAGAAGAGGGAGAGAACGUGACUACUGCGUCAUUGGCUGCUCCUGGUGUUAAAACUGUGCACACUUCACCACAAAUCAUUAACACAGAACCGGUGCACUUGAGACAGGAGGAGCGUUUGACUGUUCGCGUGGGCCGUGACGGAGGAGUUCAACAUUUAGAGCUCCACGGACUGGUCACCCUGCAUAUUUCAGAUGAAAAAUGGGGAUGCAUACGUGUGCAGCUAGAGAACAAAGAUACACGCGGUGUGCAACUCCAAACACAUCCCAAUGUCGAUAAAGAGUUGUUCAGGACACGAGCCCAGAUUGGACUCAAGAAUCCAGCAAAACCAUUCCCUCUGAACACAGAUGUUGGCGUGUUGAAAUGGCGCUUGCAGGCGCAAGACGAAUCAGCUUUGCCAAUUUCGAUAAAUUGCUGGCCAUCCGAGAACGGCGAAGGUGACUGCGACGUGAAUAUUGAAUAUGAAUUGGAACAGGAAAAUCUCGAGCUGAACGAUGUUCAAAUAAAUAUUCCGCUACCUAUUGGGGGCACUCCUGUUGUUGGAGAGUGCGAUGGUCAAUAUACACACGAAGCACGACGAAAUACAUUGGUGUGGUCGCUACCUCUGGUAGAUGCCUCAAGCAAAUCGGGAUCGAUGGAAUUUUCGGUUCACUCCUCUACACCGGCAGACUUUUUCCCGCUGCAAAUCUCUUUCUCUUCUAAGACCCCGUACGCAAGCAUCAAGGUCAAUGAAGUCCUUCUGGUCGAGGAUGAUAGUCCUGUCAAGCAUUCCGUAGAGACGGUAUUCUUUACUGAGAAUUAUGAAAUUGUUUAGAGUCAUAUGCACAUAAUAUAAACAAGUUGAUUAUGCAAAAGGUAAGCAGAAUUCGGUAUAGCGAAUCAAUCAAUUGUCGUAUCGAACUAAUUUCGUGCGGGUGUACAAAAUGAAGACGUGGUUUACCAGAUUUGGACAAGCUACGCGCGAUUUUAUCAUUUUUAUUCGUUGUUUGUAUUAAUUUGCAACUAUUUUUUCUUCUCAACAUCUGAAUGAGACAGUUUACUUGUAUUUAAAUCGCGCUUGGAUUCGAAAAUUGGUUACAGUCUCCGGAAUUUAUUUGAAAUCAGUGCAAUUUUCAUUACAUUAAUCAAACAAAAUCCGAGAAUUAAGAAAAAUAGGUCAAUGUCCAAAGUUCAAUUUUGAAGAAUUUCAUACUACUAUGCGGCUAUUUCGUUUGCCGCUAGCCAAACCUUGUCCUGUAACGCAGUGUGACAAAGAAUAUUGUAGAAAUAAAUAAUUUUCAUCACUGGCAUGAUAUUCCUUAUA